ACCAGAACUAAUAGCCAUUUAAAAGACAACAGCUCAGCAACAAGUGUGUGUCAAGCCAAAGUAAACGCAGGCUCCUGCUCUGUAAUCAUGAUUUCCUUACUGUGCCUUGGAGUGUUACUGUAUGAAUCUGGAGCUAAUGCAUUUAUUCAGGGAGGCCCGAGCCCCCUUUCAGCUUAUGCCCUGCGGCUGGGACCAGGAGAAGAAAUACUCACGUCAUUGUUUAAAUUUGUGCAGGAGAAGAGACUAAAAGCUCCAUUUGUUUUCACUUGUGUGGGCAGUGUCACCAAAGCAACCCUCCGACUAGCUAAUUCUGAUGCACUGAAUACCAAUGAGAUCAUUUAUUUAAAAGAAAGGCUUGAGAUUGUUUCCUUGGUGGGAACACUGAAUGAAGAAGCGCACCUCCACAUAUCGCUGGCUGACAAGGAUGGGAAGACCAUUGGUGGGCAUGCCAUGGGAGAUCUGGAGGUCUUCACCACGGCUGAAAUAGUUAUCGGAGAACUCAGCAACCUAGAAUUCACCAGGGAGAUGGAUGAACACACAGGCUUCCCAGAGCUAGUCAUUCGACCUCGCUCAGAAAAUAUUACCAGCGUCUAGCUUUUAAAUUAUGUGCCAUAUUUCUUCAAGAAAUGGAAUGAGAUACAUUGGUUUCAGAUCAUGCUUUUAGGCUGCUCUUUGCAUUAUUGUAUUGAUUGCUGCCAUUUGAUCACAUACAACAUAACUAGUCAGGUACAAAACAGACAAAGUACAUUAAUUUCAGUAAAUUCCUUAAAUUUGCCCGCAUUAUUUGCUUUGAUUUUAUGUUUUUUUUCCAUGGUGCCCCAGGCUGUGCUGCAGGGAUUUUUUUUACAAGACUAAUUGGCCCAUAGAGGCUGCAGGACAAUGGCUGCAUCUCAGAGGACUAAUGAAUGUACUGUUUACUCAUCUUUAUACAGUUACUAUAAACCACUAAUUGGGAGGGAGAGUUCAAACAAGCACAGAGGAGCAGUUGUCAGAUAAGCGUGACAUGGGUCUAAGG